AUGUUGCGUCUGCGAGUCAUCCUGCCUGGCAGUGCUGAGAGACUUGACCUUCCUGAAAGGCCAUCAUCAGUGGAGGAACUCGGAGACAUACUCGCAGACAAAUUCAAGUUGGCACCAGGUUUUUCCCUUACAUUCGAUGACCCUGCAUUUGACAAUGAGCUGUGCAAUCUCAGUGACAUACAGUACCUUCCAGAAGGUAAAGCUGUUCUUCGAGUGGAUUGGGAAAUUGUGUUGACCCCAGUGCUUAAUGACUCGUCUUUAGCUGAGGAUACUGACAUCAGUGUGGAGAGUGAGACGCUUGCAUCACCAUCAACAGCCUCCUCCUCUGGGGGAACACAUUCCAUUCAAGAUCCAGACUUCAGUGUGGAGAGUGACAUGGCAUCAACACCAUCCUCAGCGGUGUCCUCUCAGGGAAGACGAUCCAGUCGGUUUCCAGCCAUCUUUACAGUACCUACUUUCUCCUAUACACUUGAACUGAAACUAAGAAUGGAGGAGCAGCAUACUCAGAAAGUAACGCCCUAAUGUCAUACACUCGUGAAAUGAAGUCUGAAAUCUUGGCAAAGCUAGCUGAAGUCAUUUAUGCCUAUGAAUCAUACCCAGUUUUAGAAGACCUGGAGAAGGUAGCAAAGGCCUUAGUUGAGAAGCAUCCAUGCAUCGGAAAUGCAGGUCCUGACAAAGCAUGGAAAGCCUGGACAAUCAGCCUGAAGAAUAAAAUGAAUAACUAUCGAGCAACACUAUCCAGGGCAGGCUGCACCGAAGUGAGGGUCAACAAACGGCGCAGAGGCGCAGAAUAUGUAGUAAAACUAAAGAGCCCACGCAGGGCAGAGUUAAACUUUCUACCAAAUCACCCAGACGGAGUUGGGGUUGGGGCACUAGAGAGCGAAAGGGCCUGGCUUGAAGAUGAGUUAAAGAAGAGAAACAUAAACAAGGCUGAGGUAAAUGCCAAAAUGGAUCACACCUUCUCCCUCAGACGAAAGGAGGUCGUUGCUGAAGAUGUGCAUGUCUCCACAAUCAGGCAGAGAUGGCCAGCCCUAUUCUUGUUGGAUCAGGUAAAUGCGGAAUUUAAGAGAGUAACAGGAAAAGAAUUGAUGGAAACGUUCUUCACGUCCUUGGACGAGCAUGCCAGGGGCCUCAUCCGUGUGUACCGCACCGUAGCUCACCACCCCACUCAAGUGACACUAAGGAGUCAGUUGGAGUACCUGGACAAGCAGACCACAGAGAUCAUUAAACAUCGGAGGGUGGUGGCUGUCAAAGGGCUGCAGUAUUACCUGGGGGAGAAGACCGAGCUUUUCAAGACCUGCCAGCCAGACGGUGUGUACGAAGCCUCAAGCCCCAUGCCAAUGGGUAUCCUGGAGAUUGUGGGGCCUCCAGGAGGCCCGGAAGCUGCGCCGAGAGCUGCAGUAGUCCUGGAUGGGGAAAUUCUCUGCGACAACCUACCAGAUCCCCCAACUGCCCUUGCGGUUCUAUUCGGGUUCAUCUAUGCUCUCAACAUCUCUUAUCUCCCAGAGUGGUCAAACUUCUUUGAGGUAAUCCAGAAGUUAAUAAUGUCAAUGGAUGCUGAGAAAAGUGGAAAAUACGACAAACUGAACAAACUCAGAACCAAACUCUCUCAGCUGUAGAGUGUUCUUGCAAUGUACAGUAUUUGCAUCAAGGGAUGCAAGUACGUUUUUCUUGAGUUUACACAAAGGAGGUUAACAGAAUGCACUUACUCCUUUGGCCUAUCCGUGCUUCACACAGUCAUAUUUGCACCAACUGUAGCAACAUGACUACUGUACUUGGCAAAUAAGCCGUUGUUGUUGAUCUGCCUUGCUCAUUGGCACACCACCAGUGGUACAUUGAACAUUAAGCCUCACUUUAGUCUAUUGUCUAUGAAGGUUUGCAACAGUGCACGUCCUUCACAGUGUACAAAAACACUAAUUGAUAUUUCCAUAUUUUCUGUAAACCCUCCUGCAAAUAGGUAGCUCUAUGGAAAUUUACCACUUUUCUUUCUGUGUUCUUAGGAGGUCAUAUUUGAUAGUCAGUCCAACAGCUGUUUGUUCUUACUAUGUGAAGCAUGAAAGUUUCCCCUUGCUGUUCUAAGCACACUUUGACAAAAUCCGAUUUUUAUUUAUUUUUUAUUAGGAUCAAUUGAUCUUCUUUUUUUUGCACAUUUCCUUUUUUUUUUUUUUUACUGGUAACUGCUGCUGUUUUAUGAGAGUGUGGGAUUUUUUUUUACCCGUUUCUCUAGAGUAUUAAACAGAGUAUUAAAGUAUUAAAUUUGAACUGUUAAACUUUGAACUAAUUCAACUUAUCGAACUGUUAUUGAACUGUUAUUGAACUUGAAAACCAUUGCUACCUCCUUAUUAGCCUCGAACCCCAGACUUUCCUUUACAGCUUACAGCUUAUACUGUUAGCAAAUGGUGUUGCACUGUUUUUGCACUCUUGUCAAAUGUUGUGUAAUUGUUUAAAUUUGAAUUUAAA